AUGGCGGACGCAAAUGGAAGGAAGAGAAAGCGCGAUCUCGACGUCUCGUCAAAGUCCAAGAAGAAGCUGGCCACCGAGCCCUCAACAGUCUCCGUCUCGUCGGUCCUAAGACCCCAACUCUGCCCGCCAGUCCUAGCUUCCACUCCCGGAGUCCGGCUACCUAGAAGCGUCCCCUUCAAUCCGUAUGUCAAGCAAGAUGCUCUGGCCAGCAAGCGGCGGCAGAAAGUCCCCGCAGUGUCGCAGGAUCUCGUCCUGCACUCUUCCAGUCACCAGACAAUGGACUACACGGCGAGAGAAGACGGCAUCAGCGACAGCCAACAGGCUCUGAAGCACUACGUCGGUGUUUUCGACCCCAAGACGGGCACUCUACAGGUGGUAGAGGCGAAGAAGAUGGUGGUUCGCGGUGUGGCCAGGGCGAAGCACGCGACGGAGGAGGCCAUGACAGCACCGGCAGAUAACCAGAGCUACUAUGACCUCAAGAAGGACCUCGGCCAGACUUUUGGUACUAAGAAGGCCAAGAAGGCCAUUGAGUCCGUCGCCCUUAACGCCAUCGACCCCAAUAAGACUAGGGACAGCGCCCCGAAAAAGCUCGACACCGCAUCCAAGGCCAUCCUGGAAGAAAUCGGCGGCGUUACAGCGACAAUGGCUUCGCGCGAGCAGCUGCAGGCCGCCGUCGACGAGGCCAAGCCCGUACCCAAGCCCAACCUCGAGGCCGAUGCCAUCCAGGACGUAUACGACCCUGACGAGUUCAUCGGGCGCGAGAUUCUUGCGGCUGUGCCCAUCAAGGACUGGGUUGAGCCGGCCAAGAAUGGCGAGGAGAUCUUGUGCUACUCGCGGCACGUGGCGGCGCGGGUCAAGAAGGUGGCCGACUCGGGCAGCGUCGCCAAGAUGCGGCUGCUGCGCUACUUUUACUUCCUCUUCACCUUUUAUACGAUGGCGGCGCCGGGCAAGCAGCGCGGCACGAAGCGCAUCCCGCCGCGGGACAAGCUUAAGGAGCGGCUAUCGCCGGCGCCGCAGAUCGUCAUCGAGCACAUCCGCCGCAAGUUCUCUGACGGCGGCGAGAUGCGCAAGUUCCACAUCGACCUGCUCAUCACGCACUGCUGCGCUCUUGCGUGCAUCAUCGACAACUUCGAGGUCGACACGUCCAAGCUGCGCGAGGACCUGCGCCUCGACCAGAAGGAAAUGAACAACUACUUUUACGAGAUCGGCGCAAAGGUGAAGCAGGUCGCAACCAAGGAGAAGGGCAAGGCCGCGCACGUCGCCAAGCUCGCGCUGCCGCUCAACUUCCCCAAGCUCAGAUCAGUCGCACCGAAGCGCCGUUAG